ACUUUCCACUCUCUCUCUCUCUCUCUCUCUGCGCUUAUAUAUUGACAGAGCAAAGGAGAUUUUAGGGUUCAAAUUUGUUGUUACAGGAGCGAGCCUAAAUUAUCUCUUCUCUAAUGGACAGAAACGUUGCUGACUUCAGCGGCAACGGCGAGGCGGCGCCGGGCUGGGAGCCGGCGAGGCCGGCGGGGCUGACUACGUCGGCUUCGUUCAAGUCUUCCCGGAGGAAGCCGGUGGCCAUAAGCCGAGCCGGCUCCGACGCCGACGACAUCAUCAACCUCUUCCACGGCUCCGAUCCAGUCAGGGUUGAGCUCACUCGCCUCGAGAACCAGCUCCGAGAUAAAGACAGGGAAUUGGGAGAUGCACAUGCAGAAAUAAAGGCACUAAAGUACUCAGAGCGUCUAAAAGAGAAGGCAGUAGAAGAGCUAACUGAUGAACUGAAGAAGGUGGAUGAGAAAUUAAAAGCAACCGAAGCUCUCCUAGAAAGCAAGAACCUAGAGAUUAAGAAGAUAAAUGAUGAGAAAAAAGCAGCUUUGGCUGCACAAUUUGCUGCUGAAGCGACCCUUCGAAGAGUCCAUGCUGCUCAGAAAGAUGACGAGAUGCCUCCAAUUGAGGCCAUUAUCACUCCGCUGGAGGCAGAAUUAAGACUAGCUCGGUUGGAGGUGGUAAAGUUGCAGGAUGACAACAGAGCACUGGAUCGCCUUACCAAAUCUAAGGAAGCUGCUUUGCUGGAGGCUGAAAGAACAAUUCAGAUCGCUUUGGCAAAAGCAGCCUUGGUUGAUGAUCUGCAAAAUAAAAACCAAGAGCUAACUAAGCAGAUAGAGAUAUGCCAGGAGGAGAACAGAAUCUUGGAUAAAAUGCAUCGGCAAAAAGUUGCAGAGGUUGAAAAACUGACCCGUACUGUUCAUGAGCUUGAGGAAGCUGUUUUGGCUGGUGGAGCCGCUGCCAAUGCUGUGCGUGAUUACCAGAGAAAAGUACAGGAGAUGAAUGAGGAGAAAAGAAUUCUGGACAGAGAACUAUCUCGUGCAAAAGUUACUGCAAAUCGGGUUGCUGUUGUUGUUGCAAAUGAGUGGAAAGAUGCCAAUGAUAAAGUAAUGCCUGUAAAGCAAUGGCUCGAAGAAAGAAGAUUCUUUCAGGGGGAAAUGCAACAGCUUCGUGACAAACUGGCAGUAGCUGAACGCACUGCAAAGGCUGAAGCACUGAUGAAAGAAAAAUAUCAAUUGCGAUUCAAAGUUUUGGAAGAAAAACUUAAAGCACCUCCUAGUGGUAUUUCUCGCACUCAUACAGAAGGAAGAGGCAUGAGCAAUGGGCAAUCUCGACGCCAGUCUCUUGGAGGAGCGGAAAUUUUGUCCAGAUCAUCCUCAAAUGGCUUUUCCUCUAGGAAAACAAAUGGGCAAGCUGGGUCCUUUCAGUCCAACAGUGCUAGUGCAUUGCUAAAGCAUGUGAAGAUCUCAUCAAGUUCAUUUGACGGUGGAAGCAGAUCACUGGAUAGAGAUAAGCCGGUUCAUAAUAUGACUGAGAAAGAUGAUGGACCCAAUGGUGGGAUGAUUUGUCCAGUUGAACAGAACGGAAAUGGGAUUGCUUCAGAUAAAAUAAAAACAGAUGAUGGAGAUUAUGUUUCUGGAAUGUUGUAUGAUAUAUUACAAAAGGAGGUUGUAACUUUGAGAAAAGCUUGUCAUGAGAAAGAUCAGAGCCUAAAGGACAAGCAUGAUGCAAUUGAGAUGUUGGCAAAGAAGGUUGAAACAUUAAACAAGGCAAUGGAAGUUGAAGCCAAAAAGAUGAAGAGAGAAUUAGCUGCCAUGGAAAAGGAAGUCUCUGCAAUGCGUGUUAGCAAGGAGCAAGAUCGAAAGGCUCGACGUGUCAGUGCUCCCCGAGGAGCUGUAAAUGGUGUUCAAUCACAUUCGUCAAGGAAUACAAGAAAUUCGUAGGUAGCAAUAGGGAUUGAUUGAUUAUCUACAAUGCCAGAGAAUGGGAGGAUACUGAAGUCCAAUUGUGCAGGUCUGUUGCUUACUUGUUUGUAUUUACCUUGCAACCCUUUCCCCGCCGGGCCAUCUUGUUUCAGUGUCUGGCCCGGCCAAUCAAUUUGUAAAGAUACUGACUCCGGGGAGUUGCAAGCAUUGAAAGAUUUGUAUCCUGUAUAUCUGUGUAACUAUCUCAUUGAAAUAUUUGUUCACAAGUGGGUUGGUUUGUAGAUUUGAAUCCUUGUUUGGGUUAUAUUCGGAAAGUUUCGGUGAAGAAUUGUAGAUGAUGAAGCUCAGUUCUGUCAAUGGACACUGCCUGAAAUUCAAAUAGGCAAGCUAAUGUUGGAUUUGAGGAAAGCAAUGAUUAAUGAGCAUUUGUUUGUGUUCC